AAUAUUUGAAUAUGAUGUAUCUUCCGUAGACUCUUUGAUGAUAAUAUUGAAUUUUUUAAGGCAAUAGAAUUAUUAUUUUUAAGAGAAUGGGUAAUAUGAGAGAUUUUAAGUUCACGCGGGGGUUUUAUCACGUCUGCACUUUUUUAGACAUUUGACUUGUGUUCUGUUAAGAAUAACGUAUUUCAAUUUCACCUUGCUCUGUUUGUUUACCAUUAAAUUCGAGGCUGAUUCACUUUGCAAGAAUUAUUGUUAAAGGGGAUAUUAUAAACAGAGAAACAAACAAAUUUUAAACAAGACGAAACCUCAUUUGAUGUGAACGAAAAAGAACUUUUGAUAAAAGAUAUAAAUCACUUUUGAGAAUUAUGAACGAUAUGGAGAAAGAAAAGUCAGUUGCCGAUUUAGAAAGAGACCCAUGUCAUAUGGUUGAAAGAAAUGGCAUCCCUAAGAGAGAUUUAACUGAAUCUCAAAGUUUUAGACUGAGAUUGUCCGAUAGUUUAAUGACUGUUGACGAUACCUAUGAUGGUGAUAAUAAAAAUGAUUAUAAGAAUCAUAGGCAGACUCAAGAUGAUAGUGUUGUUAUAAUUAGUGACUCCAGCGAUGAGAAUACCUCUGAUAAUUCAGGCUGGCGGAAGUGGUGUUACAGUCAACCAGUGUCUACAAAUGUUGAUAAAAAUAAGAAAAGGUUACCAAGUGCUUACAUUUUACAAUCAUCAGAUAGUAGUGAUUUAGAUUAUAAUAAGAAGUCAUCUAUGACAGAUCUAAAAAAUGGAGGCAAAACUAAUUUAACAGAAAGUCAAGAAAUCAUGUACACAGGAAUAGAUAAAGCUACAAAAACUAAUAAACAGCUUUCAGUAUAUGAUUACAUUGAUUCUGAAUCGGACAUAAAUCUUCAAAAUAUAUGUUCCAUAUCUAAAAAAUCAAAUUCAAUUGAAAGUUCAUAUAUUAGCCCAACUCAAGAAAGAAACAUUACCAUUCGUAAUAUCAAAACUAAUGUUAAUAGAAGUAAUGAACAUUGGACUAGCAAGAAAAGUGAGAUUGAAAGUAUCCCUAUUAUUUCACAUCACACAGAGAAAAAUAAUUAUGUCAUAAAAAAAGCAUUACCUAAAAGUAAAGAAACACUUCUGGAAAGUUCAUGUGACAGUCGUACUUCGAGUUCAACCAGUUCCAAUAAAAAUACAAAUGAAAAAUCAUUAAAGCAGACAAAUUCAAUAUUUGCUAGAAAAAAAGAUUUUAAAGUUAAAAGAAUUGUCAAACCUACUCUAACUGUUUACCCAUCACCAACAGUAUCAAAAGAGAUUGAUGAGAGUGAUACCGUAGAAUCUGUAUAUAGUGACGAGGAAGGAUUAUAUCCGACUCAUUCCUCUGAUGAGAGAGAAAAAAAUGAAAUUGUUAAUAAAUAUCAUAAAGUAAUCAACGAAACAGAUACAGGAUCUGAUAAUGAAAUCGGAGGGUCACAAAUAGAAAUAUCGAAGCCUUUAAAAACACAUAUUAGUCGAUUUUUUGAAACUCCGACUCAUGAUCGAGGAUACAGUAGUUUAUCUGAACACAAAAAAAACGAAAUUUCGCGUUGGAUUUUGAAUAACUGUCCAGAAUUAAAAAAUGAUAGCUCUACGAGCCAUAUCUCUGAAAGCAAUCAGAAUAGCACUAACUCUGGAAAUAGUAGUUUGGAGAGAUUAGAAAUGAAUUAUGAAACACCAAAUAAUAGGAACCGAUUGCCAAAGGUAUUUACUACUGCAAAUGUAAAUAUUGAUUCAAGAUUUGAAAGACCAGAUCAUUUGUUCCAGCCAUCUGUUCGCCAACUUACGUUAGACAAGAUAUGGUCAAAGGCUACUGAUGUUAAACGGGGUUUUCAAACGCCAGUAGAUUAUACCGAAAAAAAAUCUGAGCCAUCUAGACUUCCGAAUUCAAAUCAUCAAGAUGUUACUCCUAGUUCAGGUACUCCUGAGGUAAAUGAACAGGCUGAUUUAAUGAAGUGUGCCAAUAUAUUGGACAAGUUAUAUGGCAGAGAGUGGAGAGCGAAAGCUAAUAAAAUGCUUCCAAUGACAGAACCUAAGAAGUCAGUAGUUUUAAAAAGAGACAAAGGAAUUCAAACGGAGAGGAGAAUAACUUCAAAAUCAAAAAAUCCCAAGAAAAAAGUUAUUGAGAGUGAUAGCGAGGAUGAAUUUGACAUAUUUGUUAAAAAUGUAACACCAGGACUCAAUUCUACAAAAAAGCAAGAUAGAAAUUCUAUUCGGUGGAGAAACAAUUUCAUUAAUGAUGAAUCCUCGAGUGACAGUACUUCUGGCACCAAUUAUUAUACCGCAUUGACUCAUAUUAGAGAAUCAGACGUUAAAUCGCUAUCAAAAUCUACUCCAGUAUCAGCUUCAACAAUAAGAGCUAGAACAAUUUGCGAUCCCGAUACAGAAGAUGAAGAUACAGGUUCCCAAAAGAACUAUGACAAUAGAAGACAGUUAUUUUUCAGUGAAGAUGAAAGUAACUCCAGUACUAGCGAAUACGAUCCAGGUGACGAAAUACCACUGAAAGAACCCGUAAAAAAAUCCUCUACCAGGAUACCACUACAUAAGGCAUCAACGUACACGUCGUCAACAUAUAAAUCCAAUGUAAAAAAGAAAACCUUUUUAGAAUCUUUAUCUGCAUCAGUGCCAUUGGAGAACGCUCAUUCUGAUGCUAAGCCGUAUAGGCUUAAUUUUAAAAACAAUAAGGAAGAGUUAUGUAAACAUUUGUUUAAAUUAUACAACGAAAAGAUUUUUGAUAACAAGUUACCAAAAGAUAUGGUCAUUGAAUGGAAUGUUCGAAUGCGUGGCACUGCUGGCUUUUGUUAUAAUAAAAAAUCAAUCAAAACGCUCGGCAAUGUAACAAGAUCAUCUAGAAUAGUGUUAGCAACCAAGAUUUUAGAUAGUCCAGAUAGAUUAAGGGAUACGUUAGUGCAUGAAAUGUGUCAUGCUGCAGCUUGGUUAAUUAACGCCGUCUCUGAUGGUCACGGACCAUUUUGGCGAGGAUGGGCCAACAAAGCGAUGAAAAUGUUUCCCGAAUUACCAACCAUAAAACGUUGUCACGAUUAUAAAAUUAAGACGAAGUAUACAUAUAGAUGUACAAAAUGCGGUUACAGUGUCGGAAGACAUUCCAAAUCAUUGGAUAUUGAACGAAAACGAUGUGGGCACUGUUAUGGAAAAUUCGAGUUAUUAAUAAAUCGAACAACUAAGUCUGGUACUGUGCAAAUGCAAACGCCGACGUCGAAAGGCCCCUCGGGAUUUGCCCUGUACGUGAAAGAGAAUUACCACUCGGUAAAGAAGGAUCGUCACUCUUUGAAACACGGCGAAGUAAUGAAAAUUCUAGGUCAGCAAUUUUCGGCUAUUAAAAUUAAAAAACGAGACGAAAACGUUAACGACGAAUCCCCUUAACAGCCACAAAGUUGUUCGCCUGGCAUACAUUUUCAGCCCACUGUAACAGAUUCUCGUCGACAAAGUGUUCUUAAACUGCCUACGCAUAGAUUUUGUAUGACGCUGUAUAUACAUAUAUUAGAGAAUAAGCAUGAAUUAGCGUAAAUAAUGAAUUUUCCGUUGCAGGCAUUGGAAUGCACGUUAGUUCGUACAAAACUCGGACGAGACAGAGACAGUAACGGUAGACUUUUCCACACGAUUCUACUUCCCCUGACCUCUGUUCACCUAUCAUUUUUACAAUCACCUAUCAUAACCAUACCAGCGACAGUAAAUACUAAAAUGACUGAAACAAUAUACUCAAUGUAUUCUUAAAUAUAUUAUCGUUAUUUUCA